AUGGCAUGCUCCGGGCCAUCCCGAAUCGGGAACUACGCUCAGACCACUGUGCUUAAAAGCCGUUAUGCCUCUCAGCAUUCCGUCAGAACUCCGCCGAGACAAUCCACAGCGUCGGCCUCCCCGCCACCACUUAGUACUAGUUUUCACAACUUAAACGCGUGCGGAGGCGAGAACCGCUUCCUCCCUCUCCGCCCUGUGCGUUACCCGAUAACUCCAUUCAAUCACUGCUUCCCACAAUCGCGCCUCAGACCGUCUUGCCCCGACUCCCUCUCCGAAACGUCCCGCCGCUCCCCAGGGAGCGUCCCCCAGCACCGUACACCGCUCCCGCCGGGCCCGCUCGGCUCACAGCGGCUCCUCGAACCCUGUCAGCGCCAGCCCCACGGCUCCCGCGACAUGCCGCGCCGGGGUCGUUCUCCGCUGAUAGGCACCACACAGCCACCACCCGUCUCGGGGCUCAUCCAGCACCUGUCCCCCAUCAUCACGUCCCAAGGGGAACAACCGCUUAUAACCCAGCGAGAGAGAACGGAUGACCACUCAGCCCCAGUCCCAAUCCUAACUUCACCACCCCUCCGCGCCGCCACCCGUCCUCCCUCCAGCGGCCCCGUGGCCGCCCCUCUUCCAGGCCCCGCCGCAGCGCUCCCCCUCACGUCGCCUCACCGCUCCUUACCGCACCUACCCGCUGGAGCGUCACUCUGUCCCAUGCCGGUAACCCCGCUCCCGCCGCCGGGCGCGAUCUGCUGCCCGCCCCAGCCGGCCCCUUCCGCACGGCGGGGGGCUCCGCCCCGGAGGCGCGGCGAGAGAGAGCGGGAGGGCGGGCGAGCGGCCCCGGACGCGCAGGUCGAAGCUGGGCUGUGGAGGAGGCGGUGGCGCUGGAAUGGCGCUGCCGGGCCGAGGGGAGGAGGAGCGGGGGAGAGCGUCCCCCGCGCGCGUGCACGCGCUGCGCCCCUCCCCGCGUCACGGCCGCCGGGGCCUCGCCUCGGACCCGCGCCCCUCACUGCCCACCGGCCCCUCGCCGCCCACCGGCCCCUCGCCGCCCAUCGGCCCCUCACUGCCCACCGGCCCCGCGCCGCCCACCGGCCCCUCACUGCCCACCGGCCCCGCGCCGCCCACCGGCCCCUCACUGCCCACCGGCCCCUCGCCGCCCACCGGCCCCGCGCCUCAGCCCGCGUCCCUCCCGUCCCCGCCGCCGCCCAGCUCGGGCACUGCGGGUCACCAGGACGGUGUGUUUUGUUUUGCCUCAGCCGCUGGAAAAAGCCAGCAGCGUGGUUGCUCCAUCUCCUGGCUUCGGUGAGUUUUCCGCUCCCUUCGGCUCAGGGCCAUGAGUAG